AUGAAGCCAGAGCUCUGGGGUAUGAAACUCAAUUUCAAGCUCUUGGGAGAUCUCUUCUUUCUCACAGGAGCAGGUCUCUCCAUGUACUACAUGAUCAACCACUUGCUUAAUGAUUCCAUCGACAACUCGGUCCGAAAUAAGGAACUGAAGAAAAACAGCUCAAAUGUGUUGAAAAAACUCAAGGCCAACAAUGACAGUCUUAAGGGAAUUGUAUUGAAUGAAUAUGAGAAGUCUUUGCUCAACUCGUUAAUCUCUCCUGAUGAUAUUAAAGUCACUUUUGAUGAUAUUGGUGGACUUCUGGAUAUCAUAGAUGAGUUGCAUGAGGCUGUCAUUUUGCCGCUUACAGAGCCGGAAUUGUUUUCUGCGUAUCUGUCGUUGGUACAGAGUCCCAAAGGUGUAUUAUUCUAUGGACCUCCCGGCUGUGGAAAGACCAUGUUGGCCAAAGCCAUCGCAAAGGAAAGCAAUGCGUAUUUUCUCCUGAUCCGGAUGCUGACUGUCAUGGACAAAUGGUACGGAGAGUCCAACAAGAUUGUAGAUGCUGUGUUCUCUUUGGCCAACAAGUUGCAGCCGUGCAUCAUUUUCAUCGAUGAGAUUGACUCAUUCUUGAGAGACAGAUCUUCAAGUGAUCACGAGGUCAGUGCCAUGUUGAAGGCCGAGUUCAUGACAUUAUGGGAUGGAUUGGUUUCUAAUGGGCGCGUUAUGGUGAUGGGCGCCACUAACCGUGAAAGAGAUAUUGAUCUGGCCUUCAUGAGAAGAUUACCCAAGAGAUUCUCGAUUGGAAAACCAGACAAGGACCAGAGAAGGGCAAUUCUCAACAAGAUUCUACGCGACGCCAAUCUCGACAAGGAUUUCAAUCUCGAGACGGUUGUUAAUGCCACAGAGGGCUACUCUGGAUCGGAGCUCCGUGAACUUUGUCGGGAGGCUGCAAUCGCUUCCAUGAAAGAGUAUAUCCGGGAGAACUACAAGAAUGGUAAGAAGAAAUCAGAAGAGGUGUUAGACUCAAAGGUCCGUCCACUUUGCACCCGUGAUUUUUUUAAGCAGCUUGACAUCCCUGCAGAGUCGUUAGAUUAG